AGCGCAUUAAAAUGACGUCAGACCGUCCUGUGUACAAUCCAGCAGCUCUUCGUGUUGUGGUCCUCUGCUCAUUAGUCCCGUGGACAGAUCCACACACCUUUACGCACCUCGUACACACAGUGGUCGACCUCACAUGUGCCGAAAACACCAGAGGUAGAAACAAAGGCCCGAUGACUGAAACACCCCGCAGGUACCAGAGACGAGCAAGAUGGCGUGUGUCCACCCGGAGCUGUCCAGCAGCGUGCUGAGGGAGGAGCUGACGUGCCCCGUGUGCCUGGACGUGUACCGGGACCCCCGCCUGCUGCCCUGCGGACACAACUUCUGCCUGGGCUGCCUGCGCCGGCUGCAGCACCAGGCCCCGUCGCAACGCGGCCACUUCAGCUGCCCCGAGUGCCGCGAGAGCCACCGCUGCUCCGCCAAGUUCCAGAAGAACUUCAAGCUGGCCAACAUCGCUGACGACUUCCGCCGCCGCGGCAGGUUGGCGUCGUCGUCGUCGACGGCGAUGACGUCGGGAGAACCGUCGCUGGGCUCCAGCUCCUCCUUGGCCGCUCUACCCUGCUUGGCUUCUCGACUCUUGGUCCCGUGCGACUACUGUCCGCCGCCGUCGGGGGCCGGAGCCGCGGAGCCACCCGUCGUCAACGGGGAGCAAGGGGAGCCAGCGGGGGGGGCGGGCGGGGCCUCGGGCGACUCCUCCGAAGGUGCCGCCGUCGCCGUGGCGACCCCCGCCGUGAAGACGUGUCUGAAGUGCGAGGUGUCGAUGUGCGCCGAGCACGUCAGGCCCCACCUUGAGCUGCCGGCGUUCAGGGAGCACCCGCUGACCGACCCGCUCGACGACCUCCGCAGCCGCAAGUGUCCGAGCCACGACGAGAUCUACAGGUACUACUGCCUCGACGACAAGGUGUGCGUGUGCAACGCCUGCACCAUCGAGGGGGGGCACGCGGGGCACAGCAUCAAGACCCUGAGGAACACCGCCAGAGACCUGAAGGAGUCUCUGGACAAACAGCUGUACCGUCUGGAGCGGAGGUUCACCACCACAGAGAAGAAGGUCCAUGAGCAGAGGGAGAAGGAGCGACAGAACCGGAAGUUCUCGGAGGACUCGGAGCAGUGUCUCGCCGCGCUGGGGGAGGAGCUGAAGGCCAAGGUGGACGGCUUCAUGGGCCAGCUGCGGGGCUGCGCCCAGGGCCACAGCGACUCCAACCGCCGGGUCAUCCAGAAGAACCUGCAGCGCGUGGGCCAGGACCAGGCCCGGCUGCAGGGGGUCCGCUGCGGCAUGGAGACCCUGCUGCUGGAGAACGAUCCCUUCCGCUUCAUCCAGGCAUACAAAACUACAAGGAAGCAGUGUCGUCGUCAGCUGAGGAGGAACCUGUUUUACCCCGAGUACGUGGACAUGGAGACGGACGCCCUCGGCGACGCCAUGAACCGGGAGAUGAUUCAGUUCCUGGAGGUGACCCUCCAGUCGCUCAUCAUCGCCGCCGUCGAGCACCUCCGGCAUCUUCCGGAAGCAGGCGAGGAAGGAGAGCAGGAGGGGAUGGAGGAGGAGGAGGAGGAGGAGGAGGUGACGGAGGAGGAAGACGACGACGAAGAGGACGACAGCAGCGAUGAGAACAUAAGCGAGGGCGAGGAGGAGGCAGAGGAGGAGGAAGAGGAGGAGGACCAGAGCGACUCGGCCGACGAGCUUUACACCCCAGAGGAGGAGGACUACGAAGAAGAGGAGGGUGAAGAGGAGGAGGAGGAGGAGGACGUUUAAGGAGAGGUGGGGCCGAUGGUUCACUUCAUGUAGUCUGUUGUCAGCCCUAGGUCACUACAGCAAAGGGCCUGUUAACAAAUCAGCAUGCGUCGCCAUGGCCACACACGCAGCUGUGUGCAUUGGAUAACUCUCGGAAUGCUGCAACGGAAUCUUCAGUCCUUCAUUGGAAGAUUGAUAUAAAUAUUGGAGUGUGAUGGGGCGUUUGAAUGUGUUUUUUUUCUUUUUUUUUUUUUUUUUUAAUUGUAAUUUUUGUUACUAGUCUUAUUUUGCAAAAAUCAUUGCCUCUGCCAACUUAAGGCUCAAAACAAACUUGGUGUUGGGCUUUGACACACACACACACACACACACACACACACACACACACACACACACACACACACACACACACACACACACACACACACACACACACACACACACACACACACACACACGUGCAUGUUUAAAUGGGAAUGUAUUUGAGUAUAAUGCUGCCGAUGGGUAUUUUAAGGAAAUACCACACAAGCUCAAAAGUUUGAAACUAUUAUUUUGUUUAUAUUUAGGCUUAUGACAUGCAAAUAAGAUAAUAUAUAUACAAUUAAAUUAAGUAUUUAUUCACUUUUUUAUAUUAUAUACUACAGAAAAAAACAUUUUAAAAGUUUGUAUUUACCUAUUCUACAUCUCUGCUCUAUUAACAGGAUAACCAACAAAAAAAUGAUUUUAUGAAAUUAAUAUUCACUUCAAUUUCCUAGUAAAUUAUAAAAGAAAAAUGUUUUAAUCCUAUUUAGAUGUAGCAAACAAUAGUUCAAAUUAUUCUUACUGAGAUAACAAUGCCACCUAAGCACUAACACAUACUGUACAUCUCAAUUAUAUAUUCAUCAUAUGUGCUUUUGUGCAUGCCUAGGUAUUUGGAAAUGCAUAAUUUGCUUGGCCUCAAUUUUUAUGCACUGUAUUUUCAGAAAUCUAUAUAUAGAUGGCUAGCUGUCUCUUUCAAAGUGAAUCGGUUCUAUGCAGUUACUAUGUUAAAAAAAGGUGAGGGUAGGGUUUUGCACUUUAAUACAGGAGCUUAUUUGUUUGAAUACUAAUAAUACUGUAAGGUACUGUAUGGAAACCUUUCCCAAAUAAAGCGUUUGAAUGAUCACAACUGUC